AUGUCCCUGAAGAAGGAGAUGUGGGAUUCCAACGAAAAGACAUGCGACGAUUCGAACCAGCCUAUACUUGUCGUGGACCUGAUUAGAUCAAUCUUGGAACGUUUGAGCUUUGUUGAUUUCCAUCGAGCCAGAUGCAUUUCUUCAUUAUGGUACACUGCUUCGGAAUCAUGCAUCGGAGGACCAUCAACUCCAUGGAUCAUCCUCUUUCCGAACGAAUUUGUUGAAAGAAACAACGAUUCAUACUAUAACAACGAUUUCCACGUUUUGAAUCUGUUUACUCGAGAGAGGAUUCCUCUUCCGUCUCUAGAAUCAACCGAUGGAUUUCCGAUGAAUAUUACGAAUAGACUAGACACUGCGGUUUUGUGGGUAGAUGAAAAAAGCAGAGAUUACUUAGUUGCUUGGAGUUACGGUGACAUUUUUGCAUAUCGCAAGAAUGGAGAUGGAAACAAUAGCUGGAAAGUGAUUGAGCCUUUAAAGAAUCAACGAUGCGUUGAUAUGGUGUGUAAAGAAAGCAAGCUUUACGUGUUUAGUGAUACUCGAGUCACUGUGUUUGAUUUCUCCCGUAGUGAUUCUCCAAUGGAAUGUGCAAUUUUGGUCAUUGCUAGCAGAGUGGAACCACAUCCUGGGACGUUCUUAUUCUUCGUCUACAAGUUGGAUCCUAAGUCAUCAAAAUGGAGCAUAAUCAAAUCUAUAGGGGACGAAGCAUUGAUUUUGGAUCUUGGAAUAAUUGUUGCAGCAAAAGAUGGAGUUAUGAAAAAUUGCAUAUAUUUAGUAAUGAUCAUUUUCAUAAGUACAGUGGGAUUAGUCUAUGCGGUGAUAACGGAUGCUCGUUGGUUUUUCCCCACUAUCGGUGGAAAAUGUUUGCUUUAA